AUGGCUUCAUACUAUGUGUGGGAAGGAUCAAACCUUACUUACAUUAGCAACAUCUUCGGCCAAACAAUCCCGGAAAUUCUUCGAUACAAUCCCCAGGUUCCAAAUCAAGACAGCGUUGCAAGCGGUACACGGGUUAAUAUUCCAUUCUCAUGCGAAUGCUUGAACGGUGAUUUCUUAGGCCAUACCUUCAAGUACAUAACUGAGAUUGGUGAUACAUAUUACAAGGUUGCUAGAGUGGCUUUUUCUAACCUUACCACAGAGUAUUGGGUCCAAAGGGUGAAUACAUAUGACCCAACCCAGGUGCCAGAUUUUGCUCAUAUCAACGUAACAGUGAAUUGUUCGUGCGGCGAUAAACACGUGUCGAAGGAUUAUGGGUUGUUUGCAACAUACCCUCUUCGGGUGGAUGAGAACUUGUCAUCGGUGGCGACGAAGUCAGGUGUUCCGGCGGAGUUGUUGCUGAGGUUCAAUCCGGGGUCCAAUUUUAAUGCUGGCUCUGGCCUAGUGUUUGUGCCGGCAAAAGAUUUCAUUCUUGCUGGCACCAGAUUGAAUAUUCCUUUCUCAUGUGGUUGUAUUCUUGGACAAUUUCUGGGUCAUCAGUUUGUCUAUAAGGUCAGGUCUGGUGACUUCUACCAAUUGAUCGCACAGACUCGUUAUUCGAAUCUCACAACCGUUGAGAUGAUGGAGAAGUUUAACACCUAUCCUGCUAAUAAUAUACCGGAUAAUGCGCAAUUAAACGUUACUGUGAAUUGCUCGUGUGGAAAUAGCCGGGUCUCUAGUGAUUAUGGAUUAUUCAUAACGUAUCCUCUUCGCCCUCGUGAGAGUUUGAGUUCAAUUGCCAAUGAGUUUAGGCUUCCUGAACCGUUGUUGGAGAGUUAUAACCCUGGUGUGAAUUUUGGCAAUGGGAGUGGCUUGGUUUUUAUUCCUGGAAGAGACAAGUAG